CGUUGCCCACGCCAACUUUCUUCUUCCCUUUCAGCGACAGUCAAAUGGCUUCCUUUUCUUCCUCUCGUUCGUCGAGUCGCUUCUGCGAGCUGUGCAUUCUAAUUCGAACCCGCCGAGCAUUCUCUCCGUGAGGCCCCGGCUGGCGGUUUCGUGUGUGUUCCAGCUGCCGGUGUCGGCAGAAGUGGCGGAGAAAGAUCCCGAGAUUCGGAGGCUUCAGAUCCGCGCUGGAGGAGCGGGCGGCGAUGCUGCGCUCGUGCUUGAGGCCGCUUGAGCGGUGCUUUGGGCGGAUCGGCGGCGGCGAUGGCUUGAUGUGGCACAUGGACCUGAAGCCCCAUGCCUACGGCGAGUUCUCCAUUGCCGUUGUUCAGGCCAACGAUUCCCUCGAGGAUCAGGGCCAAGUGUUCACCUCGCCUUCUGCCACCUUCGUCGGCGUCUAUGACGGCCACGGCGGACCCGAGGCGUCGCGCUUCGUCAGCAACCGCCUGCUCCCCGACCUUGAUAGGUUCGCUUCUGAGCAAGGGGGCCUGUCGGCGGAAGUGAUCAAGAAGGCGUUCCGCGCGACCGAGGAGGAUUUCGUGCAAUUGGUGAAGAGGUCCUGGCUGUCCCGGCCGAAGAUAGCCUCGGUGGGGACGUGCUGCCUCGUGGGGGCGAUCGCCGGGGACACGCUCUACGUGGCCAACCUGGGUGAUUCCAGGGCUGUUCUUGGACGCCGGAGCUUAGGCGGCAAGUCUGUGGUGGUCGAGAGACUAUCAACGGACCAUAACGUUGCCGUCGAGGAAGUGAGGAAGGAGGUCGUUGAGCUGCAUCCAGAUGACAGCCAAAUAGUAGUUCAUGCUCGCGGCGCCUGGCGGAUAAAAGGGAUAAUCCAGGUGUCUAGGGCUAUUGGGGACAUCUACCUCAAGAAACCUGAGUUCAGUAGAGAUCCAUUAUUUCAGCAAUUUGUUUCUCCUAUUCCAUUAAAGAGACCUGUCAUCAGUGCGGAGCCAUCGAUAAGGAUUCAAAAGCUUAAGCCACAUGACUUAUUUUUGAUAUUUGCUUCAGAUGGUCUAUGGGAGCAAUUAAGUGAUGAAGCUGCAGCUGAGAUUGUUUUCAAGAACCCAAGAACAGGAAUAGCAAAGCGAUUGGCCAAAGCUGCUCUCAGUGAGGCUGCAAGGAAAAGAGAAAUGAGAUACAACGAUAUCAGACAGAUCGAGAAAGGAAUUAGGCGCCACUUUCAUGAUGAUAUCACUGUCAUAGUGAUCUAUCUUGAUCAGCAUGGUCAAGUGGGCCAUUCCAAGUUCAAUGGUAGUACUAAUGACUGCACUAGAGUGCCUGCUGACAUAUUUUCUUUCAAUUCUGAUGAAUCUGAAGAAACCCCUUUGUCGACAUGAGUAGGUGCUACAGGGACUGACUUCAUUGUGAAUAGUGGUUGCAACAAUAUGUUUUUUGUUCCAUCAAACUAUGAUCUUACAGUAGUUUCAGAAAAGAAGGAUUUUGAAUAAGAGUCAUCAGGGAUGGAAUAUUAUAUAUAUAUAGUAGAAACUGAAACAACUUGUCAAAAUUUUGGAUGGCAUUGUAAGAAGAAAUCGAGCAGUCAUCAGUCCUCAGGGAUUAUUUUCUUAAUGAAUUCAAAAUAGAACCUUGUUCCA